AUGUUCGCGUUGGAAACAUUGCUUCCGCUGAACAAAAUAACCGAGAAGAGUCCUUUGCAUCAGCUCAAGGAUGCAAAGUUGAGGGACGCCAGUGCAUCCACACAGCAGGCACAGGUCUACUUCGACUCGGAAACUGGAUUCAGAAGCACCUCAGUCUACCACCCCAAAGAUCUUGGCUCCAAUGUAAGACUGCGCAGUCCUGCCAUUAUCAUGGACGAGACUCAGACCAUAGUGAUCAACCCUCAUGUGGUGGUACACGUCCUGACACAUGCAUACUUAUCGACUUGGAGACCGCGUCUCGACAAGCCACGUAUUCGUCAAUGGUUGGCCUUUAUCGAUACUAAGGUCGAUGAAGUGAUGACCAAGAUUUCUCCGGGCUUCGGUUAUUACGAGACAAUUGCGGGUGGAGCUGGUGAAGGUGAUGACUGGGUUGGAGAGGAUGGUAUACAUGUGCAAAUGCCAAACACCCGAAUCACCGACCCUGAGAUUCUCGAGAAACAAAGCAAUAAAACUCAUCAGGGGAGAGGUCCUAGUAGAAAGCUGUAGGGUGAUGGAAGGUAUUGUAUUGUUUGAGUUAUAAGGGUCUGCCGAUAUGCAGGGUCUACUUAUAGUGGCU